UCCCUCAGCUCCUGGGGGGUUCUCUUCUCCCUGUUUCUUUCCACUCUUGCAGAGUUCUCCUAAGAGGGCUGACAGGGUGGUUAGGGAUGGGGAGUGCCUGAAGGUGGGUUCAAAAGCAAGAAGGAUGGCUAGUGGGGGAGAGAAAAACUGGAGGGGGCUGGGCAGGGCAGAACCCUAUUCAGGGUGGAGGGCCUGAGAGGGUUAAAGAGCAAAGAUGCAAGGAUCACGUCCAUGACUCAUCCUGUCUUCCUCCUCCUCCUCUUCUUCAUUGCUCAAUCCCAAAAGUCUCUGGGAAACACCCCCCUGACAGGAAUGGAGUCAGAGCCUCACAGGGGCGAUUGAGUCAUGAGGGGUGGGGAAGAGGGAGGGAGGUGAAGGAUAAAUAGUGACCUCGCUCCCUUGCUCCUCUCUGCAUCCUCCCUGCCUUCCCAACAACAUGCAUCUUGUCAAUCUGCUCAGCUCCUGCUGCCUCUUAGCACUCCUGGGGGCUCUGCCUGCACGAGCAGCCCAUGAGGAUCCCAUUGAGAAGGCCAUAGAAGGGUUCAGCCGUGGGCUGAGCAAUGCAGAGAAAGAGGUGGGCAAGGCCCUCGAAGGCAUCAAUAAUGGAAUCACUCAAGCCGGAAGGGAAGUGGAAAGAAUUUUUGAUGGACUUAGCAACAUGGGCAGCCAGGCCGGCAAGACCGUGGAGCAUGGCUUGGAUAAGGUAGCCCACGGCAUCAACAGUGGCGUCGAACACGCAGGAAAGGAAGCAGACAGGUUGGCCCAUGGGGUCAACCACGCCGCUGGACAGGUCGGAAAGGAGACAAACAAAAUCAUCCAUCAUGGGGUCAACCAGGGGGGCAGUGAAGCAGGGAGGCUCGGUCAGGGGGCCCACCAUGCUUUGGGUCAGGGAGGGAGUGAGGCAGAGAAGUUUGGCCAGGGGGUCCACCAUGCUUUGGGUCAGGGAGGGAGUGAGGCAGAGAAGUUUGGCCAGGGGGUCCACCAUGCUUUUGGUCAGGGAGGGAGAGAGGCAGAGAAGUUUGGCCAGGGGGUCCACCAUGCUUUUGGUCAGGGAGGGAGAGAGGCAGAGAAGUUUGGCCAGGGAAUCCACCAUGCUUUUGGUCAGGGAGGGAGAGAGGCAGAGAAGUUUGGACAGGGGGUCCACCAUGCUUUUGGUCAGGGUGGGAGUGAGGCAGAGAAGUUUGGACAGGGAAUCCACCAUGCUUUUGGUCAGGGUGGGAGUGAGGCAGAGAAGUUUGGCCAGAAGUUUGGCCAGGGGGUCCACCAUGCUUUUGGUCAGGGAGGGAGAGAGGCAGAGAAGUUUGGACAGGGAAUCCACCAUGCUUUUGGUCAGGGUGGGAGUGAGGCAGAGAAGUUUGGACAGGGAAUCCACCAUGCUUUUGGUCAGGGUGGGAGAGAAGGAGGCAAACUGGUACAAGGGGCCAACCAGGGCCUUAGCCAUGCUGCAAAGGAAGCACAACAGUUUGGUCAUGGUCAUGGCCAUGGUUAUUAUGCUGCCGGGCAGACUUGGCAAGAAGGGGACAAAGUAAUGUAUCCUGGGGUCAACCAGGCUGGGGAAGAGAUGGAGCGCUUUGGCCAGGGUAUCCACCAUACCAUUGAACAGGCCGGGAAGGAGGCAGAGAAAGUGGCCCAUGGUGUCCAAACUGGAGUCAACCAGGCCGGGAAGGAGGCAGAGAAAGUGGCCCAUGGUGUCCAAACUGGGGUCAACCAGGCCGGGAAGGAGGCAGAGAAAGUGGCCCAUGGGGUCCAAACUGGGGUCAACCAGGCCGGGAAGGAGGCAGAGAAAGUGGCCCAUGGGGUCCAGGCCCAUGGGGUCCAAACUGGGGUCAACCAGGCCGGGAAGGAGGCACAGAGAGUUGGCCAAGGGGUCAACCAUGCUGCUGGCCAGGCCGGAAAGGAAGCGGAGAAGCUUGGCCAAGGUGUCCACCAUGCUGCUGGCCAGGCCGGGAAGGAAAUGAACAGGUUGCAGCAAGAUGUUCAUAAUGGGGUCAACCAAGCCAGCAAGGAGGCCAACCAGCUGCUGAAUGUAGGUGAACAGAGGUGGGGAAACUGGGGAGAAGGGGAUUGUGGGAGGGAAGAGGCUAAAACCCUUGGGAAGCCAUAACCCUGGGUUCCCUUCCUUCCUUCUCCACCUCCAUUACUUCAGAGCUGGUGGCCAGCUGGUUUAGACUAUCUUGUCUGCAAAGUUUCUCCUGAGACAAGGUGAAAAGGACUUAGUCCUGCUAUCAGGGAGCUGUCCUACAUGAGGGAACCUAACCGUUCAAUCUCCUGGAACCAGGAAAUAGUUCUGAUUCCAGACACUGUACAAAUAGAUAGCGGCUGAGAAAAUCCAGAGUUGGGGAGGAGCUUUGGUGACAGGCUCUGCUAUGUUCUGUCCUUGUAACAAGCCUCUGAGGUGGUCAGGAAGAGGGCGCUGACUCUAACAUUUAGGUAAGGAAACCAAGGCUCAGAGGCCAGGGGGACUCGCUGAGGUCAAUGGAGAGUGCUCGGUGAGUGAGAUGCGGGUCUGGAGUUUUCUUUCUUCCUUUGCCUUUCUGACUGGGUGGUGGGCAAGCUUCUUGAGGACUUCCAUGCCCAUAUUUGUAGAGGAAGCAGAUGCUGGAGACCAGGUAAGCUGUAACAGCAGGCACCAAGGCAGUACCAGGGGUCUCUCCAUUAGCAGGCUGACUCCUGCACUCCGAAUGAAGAGUCACGGAGAUCAGAAGGCUGGAACACCAUCCUGGGGGAUGGGUCCAGGUCUCAGAGCCCAAAGCCACAUCUGCUGCCUGGAAGGAGCCAUGGCGGGCUGGGUGGAGAGGAGGGGACUAAAGAGAGUUCCGGGUGAAGAAUAGGACCCCGAGUAGACAACCAGGUGGGCUCUGGGAGAGGGUCAAGAGUUUUUGAGAGGUGCCACUGGGUGGGUGUGGCCUAUGCUGACUGAUGUUAUGGGCUCAAGAGCUGAGUGAGGCUUGAGGCUACAUUGUAGCAGAGCAAUUAAAAAUCAGGGCUAAGGGUGAAUGAUGGUUCUGGUAUUUGUGUGGGUCCUUUGAGUCCUUCUUCUGCAAGAUGGAAACAGCUCCUGAAUGCUGAAUUUAAAGAGAGCGUGAGUGAGGCGAGUCCACAAGAGGCUGGAGUUCUGUCCACGUCUCACUAUCAGCUUAGCAGCCAGGGGCUCUGGGUUCUCUCAGGACUGUGAGUGAGGAGCCCUGAGGGUCAGCUAGGCUCCUCCCACUCCUGACCCAGUCAUAUGAGAAGGGGUGGGUUCCAGGGGAGGGAGGGGAAUGAGGGAGACAUUGAUGGGUUAAGGGGUAGUAGUGAUGAUCUGGGUUUG